UUUAUCGAACGUAGAAUCGUCAUCACUUUUAAGGAGAUAUUGAUAAACAAAUUUUAAAAUUAUUUCGUGUGUUUUACUGGUUUAUAAACAGAGAUUACUUAUAAUAAGAGCGAAAUUUUAAAGCGAAAAUUUAAAUUUUAUACGUCAUGGAACGGCCGGAAUUGAUGAAGUCAUCAGAUCUACCUAGUACGUCAUCGAUUUCUAACAAUCCUAAUGAGCAACCCGCAUUAAUUGGACCUACGCGUUGUAACCAAAUUGGAUGGACUAUAGAAGCUACAGACGUAUCAUUAGAAGAGCCUUCAACAAGCCAUCAUUGUCAUAUUGAAUCUGAUUCGGCAGAAACAUCAAUGCCAAAGUCAUCUUAUUCUACGUCAAAUAAUUCUAUCAUUGGGAAUAACAUUGCAGAAAGUGAAAGUGUUGCAACAACAUUGGAUUCCAUUAGAGUAAAUCCAGAAAAAAGCAACAAUGACAAGGAGCGGGAAUUGAACGACGAAUCUCUUUAUGAAUGUAACAUAUGUCUGGAUACAGCUAAAGAUGCCGUUGUCAGUAUGUGCGGUCAUUUAUUCUGUUGGCCCUGUUUGCAUCAAUGGCUUUUAACUCGACCUAACCGAAAACUCUGUCCAGUGUGCAAAGCUUCUGUCGAUAAAGACAAAGUCAUACCACUUUACGGACGCAAUAGUAUACGACGAGAAGACCCACGCAACAAAGUUCCACCCCGUCCAGCAGGUCAACGUACUGAGCCGGAGCCUACGGCUGGAUUUCCAGGCUUUGGAUUUGGUGAAGGUUUUCACAUGUCUUUUGGCAUAGGCGCCUUUCCAUUUGGCUUUAUUACUUCUUCAUUAAACUUUGGAGAACCUCGACCUCCUGCAGCCAAUCGUGGAACAACCCAAUACGAGGAUGAACAAACUCUUUCAAAAUUGUUUCUAUAUCUUGCUUUUUUAUGCAUCGGGUGGCUGCUUUUUGCAUAGAAAUGUAACAUAAAAAGAUAUUUUGUCCCUAGUUUCCCAACGUAUACUUACUUGUAAAUGGUUUAUUUAAAAUAAUUCCUGCUAUUGAAAACUGGAACUUCUGGCGCAGCCGCAGCUGAUAUACCCGUUGCAGUUAAGAUCGGAUAUAUAUCGCAAAUAUCGGAUAUAGUUGGCGGACCCUUAUGAGAAUCAACUUCCUACAACCAAUUUCUUAAAAUACAAAAUUUAACAAAAGUUUUAAUCUUCUAUCUUCAAAAAUACAAAAGUUGGGUCAUUUCCGAUCGUUCA